GAAUAAAUAUUAUAAAAGCGGCGAAUGGCCGGAGCCUCGCCGGAUGCCGUCGGCCGUCGCCACCGAGGGCAACAAACUAUAAAAGGGGCUUCAUCAGCGACACUCCAGUUCUUCUUUCUUGCUCGUUUUUCGUUCUCAAUUUCCCAAAUUCAAAUCCAUCCAUGGCUGAGUGGUCUCUUCUCCCCAAGGAUCUCCUCUACCUCAUCGCUCAAUGUUUCGAAACUCCUUUCGAUACGAUGCGCUUCCGAUCGGUUUGUUCAUCCUGGAGAUCCCUCGUCCCUCCCAAACGCCUCAGAUUACCGGGUCAAUUUCCACUUCUUCCAAAUCAUGGCAUUUCAAACACCACUUGGGGUUUCUUUCUCACCAAGCGAUCCGUAUUUCGGAUUGGGUCUCCCAUGCCUCCUUCUGUAGCGCACUCAGACGCCUGGUUGAUCAAGGUCGAAGAAGAUGUCUCCGGAACAGUUAAACUUUCAAAUCCGCUGUCUAAGUGUUGCUUUAAGCCGUUGCCGGAAAAUUUCCCCAAGGUACUGGACUUGUUGAAUUUUUCGGUUUCUGAACUUUGUCAGGAAUACGUGCUACAUUACCUUAAUUUUUGGCCUUUGAGUAAUCGACCGGGCGAUGCCGACGAUUUGUAUAAGGAAAAGGUCGCUUACAAGUACGAGGGGAAUGGCUUCGUUUUGAUUACUAUUCAUGUUUCUGGAAAGUUGGCUAUGUUUAAGUCAGGGGAUGGUCGGUGGACCACAAUUUCUCAGAAUGCGCUGCCUUAUGACGAUGUGAUGUUAUUCGAGGGGGAGUUUUAUGCGGUUGAUAAUUCUGGGGCUACUUUUCUGGUUGAAUCUCAAGAUAAUGUGACUUUAAUGGUUGAACCUGUAUUUGGCGGCGACAAGAAGAUUUUGAUGGAAUCCAAUGGUGAACUGUUGUUGGUCGAUAUGUAUUUAACCAUAGACUCUGAAGGGAAUUUUGGGUUGGGCGGUGAACUUCCUGAUGGUAUUCUGCGUGAAAAAACAGUUGGAUUUAAAGUGUUUAAGCUGGGCGGUGAUGGAAGUAAGAAGUGGGUUGAGGUCGAUGACUUGGGUGACACAAUGCUAUUCUUGGCCGAAAAUUGCUCCUUUUCUGCAUCAGCUUCAAGUUUAUCCGGUUGUAAAGGAAACUGCAUAUUCUUUACUGACGGUUUCUUCUGCCCCAGUGGGGAAGAAGAUGAUGUAUUUAAGGGUAGUGACAUUGCUAUAUUUGAAUUGGAUGAUGGAAGUAUAUCACCUUUAUCUGAUCGUCCUGAGUAUUCAAGGCUGUUCUGGCCGCCCCCAGGUUGGAUCACAUCAACGUCAGGAGUGCGUGAUCAUAUCGCAGCCUUGUGAAACUGGAGAAUAUAUUUCCAUCUCCCGCUUGUCAUGUUGAACUCCCUCUUUAAUCCUGCACGGGAUAUUCAAUCUGUGGCACGGUUGUAUUUCAUUUCUGUCAUAUUUUUCCAUUUUUCAGCUGAAGGCGAAGCCUGAAAAUUAUGUAGUAGUUUCCAGGUAAUCUGUUAAUAAAUAAAGUCUUUACUUCAUUAAUUUGAACACAGUUGCUUUGAAGUUUCUGGCUACUGCUGUUGCUAACCUGCCAUGGAUGUGGGUGGAGGAUCUUGAACUUGAUGAUGAGCAUGUAAAUUUCUUUUUUGUAUUAGACAAAUUGAAUCUUCCAUUGAAUGGUAUUAGUAGCU